AAAUGAGCUAGUGGUAGACAGGAUGGCAGGACUCUAGGCUUAGCAGCAGGAACAGCCUCUGCUCCCACCUCUCGUUGUCCGUCCAGUACAUCUGCCCUCGUUUGUUUUCCUUUCUCUUGCCCGGGCCAUCUCCCGCAUUCUGUAGGACUCUGUUUCUUUUUUCCGCCUAAAACUCUGGGAGUCAUGCAGAUUCGCCUGGGGCUUCUGCAAUCCUUCCUUCUUCUCUCCCUAUUCUCUCAAGCCCGGGCAGCCAACUUCACUUUCACCUUCGGAAACCCCACGCAAUGUGAUGACUUUGCGAUAUCAUGGUCUGGCGGAGCUGCGCCCUAUCAACUCAUGCUUACACCCGUCUUUGGUACACCACGCGUUAUGAACAUACCCGAUUCAAGCUUUAGCAACGGGAAGGGCUCGUAUCAGACACCUUUGGAUUUCCCAAAGGGCCAGAAGUUUCUUGCAACGAUGUCCGAUGCUAGUGGCCUUGGAACAGGUGGGACAACGGACCUGCUCGAGGUUGGUGCGUCAGUAGGAAACGCUGGUUGUAACACGGCAGACCCAGGUGUUGAUUUCUUCUUCGAAUUGAAUACUGCGCUGCAACAAUGCCGACCAUUCACUUUUGGGAACUAUGUAGGGGCUGUACAACCCGUUACUAUCACGGGUGUUAUUCCUGGCGGACAGGCCUUCGUUCUGAAUCCUCCUGUUGGACCAACAUCGUACGAUUGGAAUGCGGACGUUGCAGCAGGUACUGGGAUUAUCUUCAUAUUGACCGACUCAAAAGGUCGGAAGGGCGGUAGUUCUGAUGUUAGGGUCGUUGGUGUAUCUGACGAUAACUCAUGUCUGAGCACGAAUUCACCGACAUCUGCGUCCAUUGUCCCUUCAGCUUCCACUUCUCAGGCUGCGAGCACAUCGGGAGGAUCUGCAGCACCGACGAGCACGAAUGGCUCGGGUUCCGACAACUCUUCAACUUCAAGCAAAAAGCCAAGCGGGGCGGUCAUUGCUGGAGCGGCCGCUGCAGGUCUUUUUGCUCUAGCUACCAUUGCAGUCUUGGUCAUGUUCUGUCUCAGGAGGAGACGCAAGAACAGAUAUGGUCAUCAGCGCUUCGGGUCCCUUGAUUUAACAAACGACCCUCCUCCAGGUCCAAUGGACCAUGCUAAUCUCCCUGUUGUCAACCCGUAUCCUAUGACACCUUCGUAUACUGGCAGUCACAUGGGGACACCAUCCUCACAUAAUCUCUUGUCACCCGAUGGGACUCAUUAUGCACAAUCCGAUGUCUACCCUCUAACGAACCCGUACGGUCCUUCUACGUACUCUCCCUCCGCGUAUGGUGCCUCGGCAUACGGUGCUUCCGCAUACGGUGGAGUCGCUCCAUCACAUGCGCGCAGUCCAUCAAAUGCAGAAUCUGCAGCAGCAGCCUCUUCGUCAAGAGGAGGCAGAGAAACUUUGAUGAGUUGGGGUGGCAACACUGUCUCAUCCGCUGCGAGACAAAAAGCUGCCGCAGCAGGCAUUCCCUUGAACCAUGCACCUGUGCCCGCGCGAUUCAUCCUACAUACGGAUCUGGAAGAGUCAGUCCCGCCUCCUCCAGCAGAGGAAGAAGUCAUCGAACUUCCACCUCAGUAUAGUGAACGACGAGCACCCAUACCCGGACUAGGGCCAACUGACAGCUUUGGCACCCCUCCAUCGCCGGCGUCUCCACCUCCACCCACAAUACCCACAAUACCAGGUCCUUCGUCGUCUCGGUCAUAGUGACUGAGGCGCGUUUUCCCAGAGGGAAGAUGCAUCUGUUGUUCGCUGCUGUCAUUAUUUAUCCUGGACAAUUUAUUACAACAGUGCACUGAUCUAUUUUAUAACUAUUCGCCAUAGACCCCUUGGUCUGCUUCAUUUUCUGAUACCUUUUCCCCUUCUCUGCGUACCCUCAUUCAAUCGGUUGUUUUGAAGGAUGCUUUGCAUACGUUUCGCCUUAUCACUGGGUGCUGUGGGAUUGUUGUGCUUUCUCCCAAUGUUGUGAUUUUUUUUCUCGUCACGAACUUCUUACUACCCUUUUUACCCUUCAUUCGCGCUUGAACAUUCGCUAGCCGUGACGAACAUUCUGUCCAACACUCUUUGUUUUAGUAACAUAGUAGACCAGACUUACAUUAGCGCAGCCGCCAUAACGAAACAAUGCCAUUGACUUGGCAAAUACAAGAGAUUCUUCUUUCUUGU